AUGAGCCAACUUCUGGUGAAUUUUCCCCGCCGUCAGGGCAAUCGUCAAGGUCGAAUCAUGGAGAAUCUCCUCUGCAUGGAAUUUCCAAGUCGACUCCGAGGGAAUCUUCCAAGUCUCAGUCUACUCGUGAAGGAAUAUUCCUUGGUGGUGUACCAGGAGGAUCUGGCAUCUUCAGAGAUCAACGAGAAUGUGGUCACAGUAGUCUUCGAUCGAUACAUUUCAUCCGCAUACUGGAUGGUGAAAUUCGACCGCCUUUUCCGCGACACCGCCGUCCGCUAUCUUGCCGUCUACAUGGAGCUCAUGUCCCGAAGCAAGAACGAAACCGAGGAGGAAUGGAGCUGGGGACUGAAUUCUUCUGAUGUACUUUAUGUGGACCCGACCCCACGAGGGGAAGAUGAGGCGUUUUUCGUGUCCUUGGUAGUCAAAGACAAGAGCAAGAACAAGGAAAUGGCUGAGAGAAACGAGAGUAGUAAAGUGAGCCCGUGGGUUGACGGACAAGUACUACUUCAUGCCCUCCAGGAUCAAAUCUUUGCUCUCUCUCUCAAGCUGGAGAUGAAUAUCUCCCGGAUAUCCCAAGGGCUUCCAACGGAAAUGGAGAAGGGAAAGGGAAGGGAAGGAUUCUUCGUGAGGAACCAGGAGUUGGUCAUAGGGAUCUUCAUCGCCGUCAUCGUCAUUCUCAUGCUCAUCUUCUCCCUCGGCUGCUAUUGUCAUCAACGAUCCCAAGCCAACUACCCACACCACUUCACCCCCCGCAACACGUACUUUGCGGGAGGUGGUGAGGAGUUCAUGGACCUGGGUCAACACCUGGCAACAGAUGAAGAAUGCAAACACAGUGAGGGUAUGGCUACAUUCCUUCAUGGCCAGGGCCAUGGAGAGCAGCAGCGGGGGAAAGCAAAUGGAAAGGCAAAGGCACCCAAGAACAACAUGAAUGGGAGGCAGAUGCGGUCCUUCAACCCUCUCCAAGGGGGUGGAAGGGUGAACCUUAAUGAACCAGACACGACAGAGGAAUGUGACUGGGCUACCCCAGCCCCAGCCAAUCUCAAUACCCUCGUCCAAGAAGAGGACAUGACUCGCAUAUGAGUUGACUCUUCACGCGUAUGAUUCUUUCCAGCUAGACAUUAGCAAACAUCUCUCAAGAAGGAAAGAGGAUGAUGCAUACCCUAAGUCUCCCUGUUUAGUUGGGUUUUCCUGUGUACAUGCCUAAGAGUCUGUUGUUACCUCCAACUAGUCUCAUACAAGGCUGUCCCUCCAUAGAUAGCAACAUAUUUUUUUCUUUCUUGGUGUGGAGAAUGAGUGCAAGAUAUGGACAUUCCACACAAUCAAUCCCAUCCAUUGUGAUACCAUUGUGAGGACUUUUGUCAAGCAGCAAGAAUGUAACAUGUUCCUCCUGCUUCAGUCUGUUUAUGAUCUCUGGCAUUGAGUUGGGCACUUAAAAGGCAUUCUGUAGUUCAUUCCACUAAGAGCUCAAUACAUCUCCAACACUGACAGUGGAUUAUAAAAUUGUAUGAAACACUUCAUACAGACACAAUCACUGAUGUGAACAUUUUUAGAAAUAAGAGAAACAAUCUGCACUCCAAAUGUAUUGCAAAGCUUUUUCACUGAGCAUCAUGUCUGAAAAUAAACCCUCACAGAGCUUGUUUUGUGACCUAUGUCAGCUCCCUCUAAUGGCAAAUAUUUUUUACUAUUUUUCUGAUUCUCCACUAAGUCUCUCACCUGAUUUUGAACUUUAGAAUAAUGCAUUCCCAUUUCCAAGGAAAAUUUUAAAAAAGGUACAUUUGAGGCACUUGAAGGUAAAUUUAUUUCCAUAAGACAAUAAACAAUUUUGAAGUGAAAACUUCAUUCAGGUAGUUCACAGAGUUUAAAUCAUGAAAUAACAUUCCAAGCAGGUUGAAAGGCAUACACUUAGUUCCCAU